UCUCUCAGAGCGCCUCCCUCCACUUCGAGCUUAUGGCGGAACUGAGUUUCGCAGUGUGGGUCUGGACUCCCGGGUGACGUGGUCAAUCAACGGCCCAGCUGAGAAAAUGCUAUCGACUUUUGUCCUCUUGCAUGUGUUCCUGGGCUUCGUGAAGGGCACCCGCGCCCGAACGCACUCUCUGGAGUAUUUCUACUCAGCUGUGUCUGAAUCACGCCCAGGCGUCCCCACGUUUACUGCCUCUGGCUUCGUGGACAACCAACUCUUUAUUCACUUUGACAACGAGGGGAUGAAGGCAGAUCCUUGUGUUGACUGGUUGAAGGAAAAGCCAGAAUACUUUGAUGAUGAGACUAAGAUCUUCAAGACUCGGAUGAAGAUUUUUCAGUUAAGUCUGAGAAAUGUGCAACAGUACUACAACAGUAGCAUGAAUGGGAGUCAGAGCAAAGAGCUCCCAAGAGAGCUGUCAGGCCUGCACACCCUUCAGUUCACCUAUGGCUGCGAGCUGCAGGAAAACAACAGCGUCUGGGGGCAUUGGCAGUAUGGCUAUGAUGGCAGUGACUACCUGAUCUUGGAUUUGGACACUCUUCAAUACAUUGCAGUCUCUUCAAUUGCUCGACACACCAAGCAGAAGUGGGAGGACAAUAGAUAUUUGGUAGAAAAAGACAAGAGCUAUUUGGAAAAGGAAUGCAUCUUGUGGCUGCGCAGAUAUUUGAAGCUUGGAGGGAAGAGCUUGAACCGAACUGAGCCUCCCUCUACACGUGUGACCUACCAUCCCUUCCCUGACCAAAAUGAAGUCACCUUGAGGUGCUGGGCCAUGGGCUUCUACCCUGCUGAGAUCUCCCUGACCUGGCAGCGGGAUGAGGAAGAUCAGAGUCAGGACAUGGAGGUAGUGGAGACCAGGCCUGCAGGGGAUGGAAACUUCCAGAAAUGGGCAGCCGUGGUGGUGCCUGCUGGAGAGGAGCAGAGAUACACCUGCCAUGUGCAUCAUGAGGGGCUGCCUGAGCCCCUCACCCUGAGAUUUGAUCCACUUUCUCAGGCCAACGAACACACCAGUGAGAAAUCUAAAGCUGUAGUCACGGUAACUUUGAUUGCUAUACCUCUGCUCAUCGUGGGAAUUGUGUACUGGAGAAGACGUCAAGUGAUGACAAGGUUCAUGCUGCAUCAGUCUACCAUAAGAAUCUGAAGAGAGUUUUCAUGGAUAUCAAUGUGUGGGAAGCCAUUCUGACACGUGAUUGGGUGGCUCCCGUUAAGGGCCUGAGGCGCUUUGGCUGUGUCGAAGCUUUCCCUUUCCUGAUGAGAGAGCCCAUCCGUGUGGGGGUGUGCCUGACCACUGACCCCGGGGACCCAAUCACUGACCCUGACCUUGGAG